AUCAACCUAAACACAUAUAUCAAAUAACAACCUAGACACAACUUCAACAACCAACCAUCUUUUGUUUUGUUUUGUUUUGUUUCGACCACAUAUAUAUAUCCCCACACAACUCUCUCUUCCUAGGUCCAUCUAAAACUUGGAGACCUUAAUUAAUUAUUUAGCACUUUAUAUCUCUUCCACAUUUGACUAUGUCCAUAGUUUCAGAAGCACCUGGCUACUUGCAGUUGUUCUCCGAUGGCUCGAUCAAACGCUUGCAUCCAGAAUCAGUCCCUCGUUCCUCGGAAGAAUCACUAUCGCCAAAUGGGUUCAAGUUCAAGGAUGUUACCAUCGACCCAUCAAAGCCAAUAAGUGCUCGGAUGUUCAUUCCGGUUGAUCAAGGAUUGAAGCUUAAACUUCCUGUUCUGGUCUAUUUCCAUGGUGGUGGUUUUUGCAUUGGCUCGACCACGUGGUUGGGCUACCACUAUUUCCUUGGAGACUUGUGUGUCAAAUCCCAAUGCAUCAUCCUCUCUGUGGACUACCGUCUUGCACCAGAGAACCGCCUGCCAAUAGCUUAUGAGGAUUGCUACAGCUCACUCGAAUGGCUUGACCGACAAGUGGCCUCUGAGUCUGAACCUUGGCUUCGAGCAGCUGACCUCUCGCUAGUCUUUCUAUCUGGAGAUAGUGCUGGAGCUAACAUCACCCACCAAGUUGCCAUUAAAGCAUCCAGGAACAAAGAUCACCGUGUUAGUGUAAAAGGGUUGUUGAUGAUACAUCCUUAUUUUGGAAGUGAGAAGAGAACUGCAAAGGAAAAUUCUGAUGGUGCUGUUGAGGAUGUGAAGAUGAAUGACAUGUUCUGGGGACUAAGCAUACCUGAAGGGGUAACCCGUGAUUACUACGGCUGCAACUUUGAGAAGCAACUAGAUGUGUCUGCUUCUGAGUGGAGUGCAUUCCCAGCUGUGACUGUGUAUGUGGCUGGCCUGGAUUUCUUGAAGGAGAGGGGAGUGAUGUAUGCAGAAUUCUUGGCUAAGAAAGGAGUUAAGGAGGUGGCGCUCGUGGAAGCCGAGAAUCAGCCACACAUCUACCAUGUGUUUGAUCCUGAAUCUGAUGCAACUCGGUUGCUUCAGAGUCAAAUGUGCAAGUUCAUAGAGAGUCAUUAAGCAUUUUCAGAUUGGAUGUUGCAGUAAGAAGACAACAUACACAAUACAAGAAUAAAACUAAUAGAGAUGUAAUAAACAUGCAUUGCCAAUAGGGUCCGGAUAGUAUAACAACAUCUUAAGUGUUGUUAUACUAACAACAGGAUUUAUUAAAGGUAUAAGGGUAAAUAUACUCAUAUAUCUAACAAGAUAAAAAUUAAAUUAAGAU